UUCCUCGCAGCCGGCCGAUGUGCGCGUACCGCCAGAGCGCGUCCAGAAGGGCGGGAAGCGGCGGCGCUGGAGCUGGGGUGGGUCCCCCCUCUCGGCUGGGAGGGUCGGGUCACACCUCCGCCCGCCCGGGAGGAGACUGUCCUGCUCUGGUCCGCCCGGCACCGCUGUGCCCGCAACGAGAGAGCCCUUGCGGCGCGGGGAUGCUGCCGGGCCAGGCGAAACGCAGUCCUCCGGCUCCGGGCGCGCGCCUCCUGCGGGGACCAGCGUUCUCAGAAGGAUCCCUGCCCUGACAGUCGUCAAUUCAUUUUGUUUGCCCUGGGGAACAUGCCCGCAGGCCAUUUUACUGAUUAGAGAGAAAUAACGGUUUUGUUUCUCUCCCAUGUCCAUCCUUUCUGUGUAAUUAAUUGAGAAAGACAGAGUCGCCUCGUUAGGAACUUGUUUUGAGGCGUGGUUUCCGCCGCAGUCUAGAUGACAUGGGGAGUCCCGAUAAUACUCUGGAUUUAAUCUGACGACAAGGAAACGCUCGAUGGUGCUCUGAAAGCGAAAGGAGCUUGGGGGAAAGUGUCUGUGCUCCUCCGGGGGAGAGAAGGGAGCUCCUGUAGAGAAAUUAAUUCUCAUGAAAACUCGAAGCACCCUCCUGGGCUGGAGAUUGGGGCAUGCCAUAUCCAUUGUUUUUCAAAUGUGGGUUAUGACUCAUUAGGGGAAAGAUAUCAAUGUGGGUGGAGAUGUCUGCCCAGAGGUUAAUUUCUAACAGAACGUCCCAGCAAUCCGCAUCUAAUUCUGAUUACACCUGGGAAUAUGAGUAUUAUGAGAUCGGACCAGUUUCCUUUGAAGGACUGAAGGCUCAUAAAUAUUCCAUCGUGAUUGGAUUUUGGGUCGGUCUUGCGGUCUUUGUGAUUUUCAUGUUUUUUGUGCUGACCUUGCUGACCAAGACAGGAGCCCCACACCAAGACAAUGCAGAGUCUUCGGAGAAGAGAUUCAGAAUGAACAGCUUUGUGUCAGAGUUCGGAAGACCUCUGGAGCCAGAUAAGGUGUUUUCUCGCCAGGGCAACGAGGAGUCCAGGUCUCUCUUUCACUGCUACAUCAAUGAAGUGGAACACUUGGACAGGGCCAAAGCUUGUCACGAGACCACACUCCUCGACAGCAAUGUUCCACUCCAGGAAGCCAUCAGAAGCAGUGGGCGGCCAGAGGAGGAGCUGAACAGGCUCAUGAAGUUUGACAUUCCCAACUUCGUGAACACGGACCAGAACUCCUCCUUUGGGGAGGAUGAUCUUCUGAUUUCAGAACCACCUAUUGUUCUUGAAAAUAAGCCAGUUUCCCAGACCUCAUACAAAGACCUGGAUUGAGAAACAAGCUCCGUAAAGUGUCUUUUGGAAGAUGUGGGUUUUGUCUGUAUCGUGAGAAAUCUCCAUUCACCAAAAUUGUGUGUGUGUCUGUGUGGGCGAGAGAGAGAGAGAGAGAGGGAGAAAGACAGAGAGAGAAGAGAGCCCCUCAGAGGAGAGCUGAUUAAGCUGAGAUUUAUGUCUUUAAACGCACUUGGGGCUUUUUUUGGAUUAAAGUAUUUAGACUGUCUCAUCUUCGUUGUUGAAAAAUUUGGCCACAUACUUGGUGUCAGUGAUCUUGAAUGGGGGUUGGCAUACUGUUCCAGUCUGGCCCUGCUGCUACCAUGCUCCACCUUAGCAAGUCGCUUUACCUCUCUGGGCUGCCACAUUUUACCUGUAAGUGAGGAGUCUGGAGUAGAUGAUCCAUGCCAGCUCUCAUAGUUUGUGAAUUUACAACUUUGCAUCCAGACAAGGCUGGGAUCCACCUAAAGCAGUAUAAACUAGGGCACUGCCUCCUAUCUCUUGUAGAAUCCCCCAUGUCUGACCUUCCACUCAACCCUUAACUGAGCCAAGCUUUCUAUAGGGGCCUGAGUGUCUACCAGGAUGUCUGGAGACUCAUCUCACACAGACACUGUGGCCAACAUUUCUGUUGGUUGAGCUGAAACAGCUCUUCUGAGGAUCUCCAGCCACCCAUGCUCAGACCUGGGGACGGCCCCCCCAGGAGUACCGGUCAAUGAUACAUUGCAUGGCACUGUCCCCAAAAAAUGUAGGGAAGGUUGUCAGCUGAGUGAGGGGAGGUCCUUCUGUGUCCCUGUGCUGGUGUAUCUAUGUUUGGUUACACUGCUGUGCCAUUGGCUACUGAACAAGAAAAGUGCUAUUUGCCAUGCUGUCUAUUUACUUGGCAGAUGUGUAGGUGAUGGUUAUGCGGCUAGUGUGUGGGCUCUGAGCUGAGAUGGUGAAUGGGCUGUAAAUAACCCACCAACACAUAUUCAGGGUGGCCUGGUGCAACACAGAGUUAAACCUGCACACUGGUGUUGGAAACAACUUGUCUUUGCACAGAGUCAGUUGCAUGACCAGCUGCUAAACUCUCGGUGGCAUUUUCAUUGUGAAUUUGUUCACCACCUGUCUUGCUUAAGCUAAAUAAUAAAUGUAUUUGAAUGCACAGGAA